ACUCAACUGGUCCACCCUGUGUUGUUCUUUCGCAGUCCUGAACAACACAAUGAAAAGUCAAAUCUUAAACCCUGUAUUUUAAUGACAUUGAUCGAAAUUCAAUGACUAGCGACGAGAGUGAGAGUGCGGGUUUGCUUUAUACGAGAAAUCAUCGUUGUUCAGCGACGAAGGCACUUCAAAUGCUAACUUGCUAACUAGCUUGCUCAUUGCUUUGACGUUUUAGCCUCAAUUUCUUACAUUGUGUGCGGUGAAAUUUACGAUGGCUUCGAUUUUAGACGAGUAUGAAAACUCCCAAAACACACGGCAAGGUGUGCCACAACACAACCGCCUUCCAAACACGAAUAUCGGGAUAACACAUUCAGGCUUUGUUAAUGUUCGACUUGAGGAAGAGAAACCGAUUUUCAACAAGCAGAGGAUCGAUUUCACACCACCGGAGAAGAUCAACCAUCUGACUGUUUGCAACAAUCAGCUGUGCAUGAGUUUAGGGAGAGACACUUUGCUGAGGAUUGACCUGGCCAAGUCUGACCAACCCAAUCAGAUUGAAUUUGGAAGGAGGGAUGACUCGAAAGUACAUAAAUUGUUUCUUGAUCCGACAGGCUCCCAUCUGCUCAUAAGCAUGAGCACUAGUGAGUGCCUGUACCUGAACAGGAACACACAAAAAGCCCGCAAUCUGUCUCGCUGGAGAGGCCACCUUGUUGAGAGUGUGGGCUGGAACAAGCAGUUGGGCAAUGAGAGCAACACCGGUCCCAUUUUGGUCGGCACCAGCCAGGGCAUCAUCUUUGAGGCGGAGAUUUCUUCGACCGAGGGAAGUCUUUUCAGCACCAACCCAGACCAGUACUUCAGACAGGUUCACUCGCUUGAGGAAGAUGGGAAACCAGCGCCGGUCUGCUGCAUUGAAGUGGAACGUGGUCUGGAGAACAAAUACUUCAUCAUAGCCACAACUAGGAAGCGUCUGUUCCAGUUUGUUGGAAAGCUGGCCGAGGGGUCGGAGCAGCAAGGCUUCAGCUCCAUCUUCAGCCAGAACCAGGAUCUGCUGCCCAGUUUCCAGGAGUUCCCGGUCAACAUGGGCUACAGCGAAAUCACGUUCUACACGUCAAAGUUGCGAACCCGCCCAAAAGCCUUUGCCUGGAUGAUGGGGAACGGUGUCCUCUAUGGGCAGCUGGACUGUGUCAGGCCUGACUCCCUGCUGAGUGACGUGCAGGUGUGGGAGUACACCCCCGACAUUGACCUGAGCGUUAACAAGCCCAUCUCCAUCGUAUUGACGCAGUUCCACUUCCUGCUCCUGCUUCACGACAGAGUCAAGGCCAUCUGCACCCUGAAUGGUCAGGUGGUCCACGAGGAUGUGUUCCCUGAUAAGUUUGGCUCCCUGAAGAGGAUGAUCAAGGACCCUGCCGGUGGUUUAGUCUGGAUCUACACUGAGCGCGCCGUCUUUCGGUACCACAUCCAACGGGAAUCCCGGGAUGUUUGGCAGAUGUACAUGAGCAUGAACAAGUUCGACUUAGCCAAGGAGUACUGUCGAGACCGACCAGAGUGUAUGGACACUGUUCUAGCUAAAGAGGCUGAGCACUGCUUCCAGAACAAGCGGUACCUCGAUAGCGCCAAGUGCUACGCCCUGACGCAGAAUUACUUCGAGGAGAUAGCGCUGAAGUUCAUUGAAGCGAAGCAGGAGGACGCUUUAAUGGAGUUCUUGCAGAAGAAGUUAAGCAAUCUGAAGUCGAGUGAGCGAACCCAGAUCACACUACUGGUCACCUGGCUAGCUGAGCUGUACCUGAACAGGCUUGGUCAGAUGGAGAGCGACUGCGACACUGACCUUUUCCAGGAGACCCGUGAGAAAUUCCGUAGCUUCCUCAACAACUCCAAGCACAAAGACUGCUUGUUUAACAACCGCAGCACCAUCUAUGACCUGCUGGCCAGUCAUGGGAACGUGGACGACAUGGUCUACUUCUCUGUGGUCAUGCAGGACUACGAGCGCGUGAUAUCACACUACUGCCAGCAUGACGACUACAGCGCAGCUCUGGACGUGCUCUCCAACCAUUGCGAUGAAAAACUCUUCUACAAGUUCUCGCCUGUGCUAAUGCAGCACAUCCCGAAAAAAGUGGUCGAUGCCUGGAUCCAGAUGGGCAAGCGUUUGGACCCAAAGAAGCUCAUCCCUGCGCUGAUGAACUACAGCCAGAUGGGCAGCACACAGCAGAUCAAUGAAACUAUCCGCUACAUGGAGUUCUGUGUGUACGAGCUGAACGUCACUGAAGAAGCCAUCCAUAACUACCUGCUGUCGCUCUAUGCCAAGUACAAGGCUGACUCCCUGCUGUGGUAUCUGGAGCAGGCGGGCACCCGCACGUCAGACAUCCACUACGAUCUGAAGUACGCGCUCAGGCUCUGUGCAGAACAUGGCUACCUCAGAGCUUGCGUGUUGGUCUACAGAAUAAUGGAGUUGUAUGAGGAAGCAGUGGAUUUGGCUUUGCAAGUCGAUGUUGACCUUGCCAAGUCUUGUGCUGACCUUCCUGACGAUGACGAGGAGCUGAGAAAGAAACUGUGGCUGAAGAUCGCCCGGCACGUUGUGCAGGAGGAGAAGGAUGUGAAAAAAGCCAUGAACUGUUUGUCCAGUUGUGAUCUGCUCAAGAUUGAAGACAUCCUGCCAUUCUUUCCAGACUUUGUUACCAUUGACCAUUUCAAGGAAGCCAUAUGUGGCUCCUUAGAGGAGUACAACAAGCAUAUUGAAGAGCUGAAGCAAGAAAUGGAGGAAGCCACUGAGAGCGCCAAACGGAUCCGGGAAGACAUCCAGGAAAUGAGGAACAAGUACGGAGUGGUGGAUUCGCAGGAAAAAUGUGCUGCUUGCGACUUCCCAUUGCUGAACAGGCCCUUCUAUCUCUUCCUGUGUGGACACACAUUCCAUUAUGAUUGCCUGUUGCAGGAGGUCACCCCUCACCUGUCUAGCUAUAAGCAGAAUCGCCUGGAUGAGCUGCAGAAGAAACUGGCAGCAACCACACAAUCCUCCAAGACUCGCCAUCGCCCCACGCUCAAGGAGGAAGGAGACACAGCUAGUCUUGGAAAGGGCAGCACUGGGAGCCGCGAGCAGAUCAAGUCUGACAUUGAUGAUAUUAUUGCAUCUGAAUGUGUGUACUGUGGCGAACUGAUGAUCAAGACCAUUGACAAGCCUUUCAUUGACCCGCUGAAAUAUGAAGAUGAACGGUCCAGUUGGCUUUAACCGAGUUAGCUACUGUCUGAAAAAAAUCACUGUGCACAGUUCAAGAGGACAAUAAGAAGACAAAAGAGCUGGAAAUGUUUGUGUGACGCAUCAUCGCGAUGCCGGUAUGUGCCUGAGCUGCUUGGAAAAUAAUAGAUCAUGAAAACUAACCCGCACUUAAACAGUUUCUGUGCCUGCCACACCUUCAUAUACAUGAAAGAUAAACAUGUGAAGUAACUUUUGCCGCCAUCCUACAGCUAAUACGGUCAAUUUCCUAUUAAAGAAGGUAGAAAUGUAUUAUACAUUUUGAAUUGCUGUUUGUCAAGAAAGUGAUUCAAUGUCAACAGUUUCAUUAAAUAAACUGGUUAUUGUUCAUUCAACGAUGUGUGGAAUAAAUCGAUAUAAG